AUGCUUCGGGGCAGUGGUUCGCUUCCGGGGGGCCGCGGUGGGACCGGCGACAGCGGUUUUGACGCCUCUCUGCUGCGCGCUGUGACGACGGGCACGCAGCUGGCUGUGGUCGACGCCAGGCGCAACGGCAGCGCCGAGCACGCGAGCUUCGAAGAGAUCCGCUGCUUCGUGGGGUCCACCGAGGGCGUCGAGUUCUUGGGAUCGGAGGCCGAGGGCUGCUGCAAGGUGGCCAUCAUUGGCUACGGCACCGCCGCCGAGGCCCCGAGCCCGGCCGAUGGGAUACCCGCCAGUGCCGUGCUGAGGGUCGGCACCAGGGUCGAGCUUCGGACUGAGUCUACAUGCCAGCCCUGCGAGGUCGCCUGCGCGAGCGAGGGGUGA